AUGGAUAGCCAAGAGUUGACCGAGAUUUAUGCGUUUGCCGUGCAAUUGGGCAAGGAUGCGGGAGAUAUGCUCAUGGCUGCAGCCCAGCGCCGCAUUGAUGGGAAUGGGGCGUCAUCCAGUACCGUAUCAUAUGUUGAAAAGGAAAACUCGGUAGACCUGGUAACCAAGACUGAUAACGAUGUCGAAAACUUUAUUCGUACAACGGUCCUCAGUAAAUAUCCUGACCAUGGCUUCCUUGGAGAAGAGUCAUACUCGGCCGGCGCAUCGCGAGAUUACCUUGUUGAAGAUAAACCAACAUGGGUAGUCGAUCCUCUCGAUGGGACAGUCAACUUUACACAUCUGUUCCCCAUGUUCUGUGUGUCGAUCGCUCUUGUUGUCAAGGGUGUUCCGGUCAUUGGCGUCAUCAACGCUCCGUUCCUCCGCCAAUUCUUCUCAUCAUGCACAGGUCAAGGCGCAUGGCUGAAUGAGACCCAACGACUACCGCUCAUCCGAAACCCGAUCCCUCCUAUGCCCGCCAAUGCCCCCAGCGGAUGCACACUCUCAUGCGAGUGGGGCAAGGACCGAAGAGAUAUCCCAGAUGGCAACCUGUCGCGAAAGGUUGAGUCUUUCGUCACACUAGCGACAGAGAGGAGUGGACGGGGAGGAAAGGGUGGAAUGGUUCAUGGUGUGCGAAGCUUGGGAAGCGCAACCUUGGAUCUGGCCUAUACAGCUAUGGGAUCCUUGGAUAUUUGGUGGGAAGGUGGCUGUUGGGAAUGGGACGUCGCUGCUGGUUUCGCCAUUCUCGAGGAAGCUGGUGGUCUUGUCACAACUGCCAACCCGCCCAGCGAUCCCGAAACCGCCGAUAUAACAAGAGCGCAUCUUGGUGGUCGACUAUAUCUAGCCAUACGACCUGCAGGUCCAUCAGAAACAGAAGACGGUCGCCAAACACAAGAACGAACAGUGAGAGAGGUUUGGAAGCGAGUUCGAGAAUUAGAUUACAAGCGACCGGGUGUAUAA